GCGAGAGCAAGGACGCACCGGGGAGAGAAACAGGGACCGGGGCUCCAACCAGCGACCCGCCGACCCCCCCCGGACACCGGUCUCCCAACACGAGGGAACUGAAUUCUCAGCAGCGUGAAAGUCAGAACCGCAAUGACCCGGCAAGUGUCUACUGACGGCGCCUCAUUGGCCAUGAAAGGAUAAGAUGUUAAGAUUCCAGGAACUGAUUAUUAUGGGAGUUUGAGUUCUUUUUGUUUGGAGUCUCGGAAACCUGAACUAAACAGAUUGAUCUAAUGAAGCUUCCAUAGAAGUAACGACUGAUUAACUAUGUGAUGAUUUCGGGUCAGACUUGCUAUGUCCGCCAUCAUGGUAGACACAAACAGCGAGUUGUGCACUUUGACCACUUUGGAUGAGGACGAUCUAGGGAUUCCGCUGUCCGGAGAGUUCCUGCAGGACAUUGGGGACAUUCAGGACAUCACUCAGACAAUUGGGGACGAUGGCUCCAUGGCUUUUGGUGCCUUGGGAAACAGCCCUGGGUCAAACGGCUCUGUCAGCACCGACCUUACAGACACUUUAUCUCCUGCGUCGAGUCCGGCUUCCAUCACCACCCCCGCGGCACCGGGUAGCGCCGAGGACGCGUCCUGCAAGUCGCUCAGCCUCGAGUGCCGGGUGUGCGGAGACAAGGCCUCCGGGUUCCAUUACGGAGUUCACGCUUGCGAGGGGUGCAAGGGCUUUUUCCGGAGGACAAUCCGACUCAAGCUGGUGUACGACCAGUGCGAGCGAAUGUGUAAGAUACAGAAGAAGAACCGCAACAAGUGCCAGUAUUGUCGCUUCGAAAAGUGCCUUAACGUCGGGAUGUCCCACAAUGCAAUACGAUUCGGGAGGAUGCCGCGGUCGGAAAAGGCGAAACUGAAAGCGGAAGUCCUGAUGUGCGACCAGGACGUGAAGGAUACGCAGAUGACCGACCUCCUCUCACUCGCCAGGUUCAUUUACGAAGCCUAUCUAAAGAACUUCAACAUGAACAAAGUUAAAGCAAGAGCCAUCCUGAUUGGGAAAGCCAGCACUCCGCCAUUUGUUAUACACGACAUGGAGACGCUGUGCAUGGCCGAGAAGACGUUAGUCGCGAAGCUGGUGGCCAACGGCAUCCAGAACAAAGAGGCGGAGGUGCGGAUCUUCCACUGCUGCCAGUGCACCUCGGUGGAGACGGUCACAGAACUGACAGAGUUUGCCAAAUCCAUCCCCGGCUUCACCGAGCUGGACCUCAACGAUCAAGUGACUUUAUUAAAAUACGGGGUCUACGAGGCCAUGUUUGCCAUGCUGGCGUCCGUCAUGAACAAAGACGGGAUGCUGGUGGCGUACGGGAACGGUUUCAUCACGCGGGAGUUCUUGAAGGGCCUUAGGAAACCGAUUGGAGACAUGAUGGAGCCUAAGUUUGAAUUUGCCAUGAAGUUCAACGCACUGGAGCUGGACGACAGCGAUCUCUCUCUGUUUGUAGCUGCCCUCAUUUGCUGUGGAGAUCGCCCCGGAUUGGUGAACGUUUCCAGUAUAGAGAAAAUGCAGGAGAGCAUCGUCCAUGUCCUUAAACUCCACCUCCAAUCAAAUCACCCCGACGACGGCUUCCUCUUCCCUAAACUGCUGCAGAAAAUGGCCGACCUGCGGCAGCUGGUGACGGAACACGCGCAGUUGGUGCAGACCAUCAAAAAGACUGAGACGGACGCCGCCCUCCAUCCGUUACUGCAGGAAAUCUACAGGGACAUGUACUGAGCCCUCUGCGAAGAUAUUUUUUUUAUUAGGAUUUUUUUGUUUUUUUUUAAUUUUCUGGACGGGAGCGAAAUCUGCAGAUUUAGGGCUUAUUUUCCUGUGCCUUCUCUUCCAGCCGCGGCGACAAUUCCUAACACUGCACUACGGUUUCUUCAGCAAAUGUAACGCAGACAAUCAGCCGGGGGUGGGGGGGCGAACACUACAGAAUAUUUGGUUUUAAAUAUAUACUAAUAUUUUUCUCUUUUUAUGUAUUUUGACUGAAAAAACGCGGUGUUUAUAGUGUGUAUACCGUACGCCGCGCUUUUCAUGACCUAAAGAUGAUAUUUAACAUGUUGCAGUUUGAUUGGGAAACAGAUUUGAUUCAGGGUCAUGAGAAUCCAACCCCCAAACUAAUAAAUAUUACAUUUCCCAGCAUCGUUGGAAGGCUUAAAGGGAUACUGUCAUGGGGAAAAAAAAUUUUUUCAAAAUGAAUCAGUUAAUAGUGCUGCUCCAUCAGAAUUCUGCGCUGAAAUCCAUUUCUCAAAAGAGCAAACAGAUUUUUUUAUAUUUAAUUUUGAAAUCUGACAUGGGGCUAGACAUAUUGUCAAUUUCCCAGCUGCCCCUAGUCAUGUGACUUGUGCUCUGAUAAACUUCAAUCACUCUUUACUGCUGUACUGCAAGUUGGAGUGAUAUCACCCCCUCCCUUUUCCCCCCAGCAGCCAAACAAAAGAACAAUGGGAAGGUAACCAGAUUACAGCUCCCUAACACAAGAUAACAGCUGCCUGGUAGAUCUAAAGGUGGCCAUACAUGGAUAGAUCCGCUCGUUUGGCGAUGUCGCCAAACGAGCGGAUCUCCCUCGAUAUGCCCACCUUGAGGUGGGCAAUAUCGGGGCAGAUCCGAUCGUGGGCCCUAGGGCCCAACGAUCGGAUCCUAACAUUCGGCAAACGGGCGGUCGGAUCGCGGGACCGCAUCAACAAACAGAUGCGGCCGUGAUCCGACGGGAUUUUCUGUCCCAUCCGAUCGAGAUCUGGCCGACUUUCGGCCAGAUCUCGAUCGGGGAAGCCGGCAGCUUUUAUCGGCCCGUGUAUGGCCACCUUAAGAACAACACUAAAUAGUAAAAUCCAGGUCCCACUGAGACACAUUCAGUUACAUUGAGAAGGAAAAACAGCAGCCUGCCAGAAAGCAUUUCUCUCCUAAAGUGCAGGCACAAGUCACAUGACUUGGGGCAGCUGGGAAAUUGACAAAAUGUCUAGCCCCAUGUCAGAUUUCAAAAUUGAAUAUAAAAAAAUCAGUUUGCUCUUUUGAGAAAUGGAUUUCAGUGCAGAAUUCUACUGGAGUAGCACUAUUAACUGAUGGGUUUUAGUAAAAACAUGUUUUUCCAUGACAGUAUCCCUUUAACAGCUGGAAAAUAAAUAAAAGUGCCCAGGAGUAUAGUCGCUGAAUCCGAUUAAUCUAAUAAGGGAGGGUUUUUGACAGAAUACCCAUUUUUUUCGCCUAUUUCAGUGGCAAUUAAAGGGACAGGGAUCCUUUGCAAGACGGGGUUCCGUUUUAAAGGGAAAAUAUACCCUAAGCGGUAUUAACGUCAUUUUCUUGAAAUUCGGAAACUGGGGCGUAGGCGAAUGCAUAGUCUCGCCUAGUUGUAUUCAGUCAUAUGUGCGGGAGCAGCCAUUCACGCUGUGCCCUGAUAAUCACCAACGCAACCCCUUAGAAGGGAUGUUGGUCAGUAUCCAUAGCAACCAGGUAGCAGUUUGAAUGUAAAACGGGGGAGCCACAGAACCGGAAUAGAAAUACACAACUUUUUAAAAAAACAUUUCAAGGUAUUCAUAAAAAUACAAGGUGAACUUCCCCCCUUAAAAAAGUAAAUAACGCUCUGGACAUGGUUUCAGAAUAGUGAUGAGCGGAAUACCCCUCCCCUUUGGUGAUGUCAUUGAGCGGAAUACCCCUCCCCUUUGGUGAUGUCAUUGUGCCAACUCCUUACUAACUGUAAGUCAGCGCCAGGUUCACAGCGUCCUUAUUUAUGUAUUUUCGAAAGCUACCGUAUAUACUCGAGUAUAAGCCGAGGUACCUAAUUUUACCUCCAAAAACUGGGAAAGCUUAUUGACUCAAGUAUAAGCCGAGGGUGAGAAAUGCAGCAGCUUCUGGUAAGUUUCAAUCUCGUUUUUGGAUGACUAUUCUUAGGCGCCGGCUACUAUUCUAAGGCGCCGGCGAAUAUUCUUAGGCUCCGGCUACUAUUCUAAGGCGUCGGCGAAUAUUCUUAGGCGCCGGCGACCGUUUUUGCGCUUGACCCGAGUAUAAACCGAGGUAGAGUUUUUCAGCAUAUUUUGGGGGCUGAAAAACUCGGCUAAUACUCGAGUAUAUACGGUACAUUUCUGAUUUUUUCAUAAUUUUGUACAGGAAUCUCCGAAGCCUCAAAUAACUCCAGACUAGGGGGGGUGGGGGAGACUGGAGUUUAUAAGAUUUUAUUUUUGGGGGGGAAUAUAUUUUCUUGGAUACAUUUUUAGAUUUUAUGGUAACGAACCACUAUAGUACGAAUGAACAAAAAAGAGAAACAAUUUUCCGUCCGCAUUGGGCUACUAAAUAUUUUUGAACUGACUCGCCACUUCUCCUUUAAGAUAAUCUCGGACAGAUACAUUUGGAAUGUAUUGAUACAAAAUGCACUGCUUCUGACAUAGAAAUGGUAUUUUUUUUCUCAGGGAUCGCCUUUUUUUUGUCAACUUUUUGCCUUUUUUUCUAGUUCUUAGCUUUAGCGAUGUUUCUCGUCAGUCCAACAAGCACCUUCAUGAGAUGUUCUGAAUGUUUCUGUGAUCUUCUUAGUCACAAGCUGCUCUAGAAAAUCUGUCUUUGAUAAAUCUGUUUUCCCGUAA